GGUAAAGUGGCCAGAAGUCGGAAUUUUGUUAAUUGCUUUGGUUUUGGUUUUUUGCUAAGGCAGCCCUAUUUUAAAGUGGAUUAGGAAGGGUGAGGAAAAUUACUCAGGGGACAGAGAGAACGCGGCAGAUAGCGGUGGACAAACUGUGAAGACCGCUUCAUUACCUUGGGAAUCACCGCUGCCCUAACCCGACGUGAGGGUCAUCCUUCCCGUAGAGAUGGCGGUGGGCGGCUCUAUAUAACGGAUCCUCACAGCAGCCUUCUGUGGUGGCCUGUGAAGUAGUAGUUAAGAGCACGGGCUUUGUUUUCACACCUAGUUGUGAAUCCUGGCUCUGCUCGCCUGCAACAUGGAGGAACGACUUGAACUCUGACCCUGUGUACUUGCCUGUAGAAUGAGGAUAAUUCUUGCCCACCUUGCAGAGUAGUUGCGAAGAUUAAAGGAAGUUGUCUUGGUUGACAAAUUUAUCAUGGUGUCGGUAUGUAGCUGGUAGCUAUCGAUAUUAUUUGAUGAAUAAGGAGACUCGGUUCAGAGAAAAGCACCUUCGUACAUCCACUAAAGUGGGACUUCUCCAUCAGUAGGCCCUUGUCUGAGAGCAAGGGAAACAGCUCUGAUUCUGAGGAACUAUAGCUUCUCCCUCAGUGCCUGGGAGAGUACUAGGACUGCUUUCUGGGAACUGUGGAAUGUGCCCUUGGAGGCCCAAGAUAGCAGAAGGAAGAUGCUCCAGACCAGUAACUAUAGCCUGGUGCUCUCCCUGCAGUUCCUGCUGCUGUCCUAUGACCUCUUUGUCAAUUCCUUCUCGGAGCUACUCCGAAUGGCUCCCGUCAUACAGCUGGUGCUCUUCAUGCCUCCAUUUGGCCGUCCUUUUGUUUUCUGUGUCUGCAGCAUCCAGGAUAUUGCAGUCCUCUUCAACAUCAUCAUCAUUUUCCUCAUGUUCUUCAACACCUUCGUCUUCCAGGCUGGCCUCGUCAACCUCCUCUUCCAUAAGUUCAAAGGGACCAUCAUCCUGACAGCUGUGUACUUCACCCUCAGCAUCUCCCUUCAUGUCUGGGUCAUGAACUUACGCUGGAAAAACUCCAACCGCUUUGUCUGGACAGAUGGACUUCAAACGUUAUUUGUAUUCCAGAGACUAGCGGCAGUGUUAUACUGUUACUUCUACAAACAGACAGCUGUGAGACUGGGUGAUCCUCGCUUCUAUCAGGACUCCUUAUGGCUGCGCAAGGAGUUCAUGCAAGUCCGAAGACUCCCAUAGGUCAAAGCAAGUCAUGUGACUGAGCCCAGUGUCUGGGAAAGUGCUACAGUUUCCUGGCAAAAGACGUGGAUACAAAAAAAAAAGGACAUGGAUACAGAGAGGGCCAUUAACUCAGUCAGUCUACCCCCCCCAGAAAGUUGCUCUGUGAAACUCAUUAUUUGGAGAUGCUCUAGGCCAGGAGUUAGCAAACUUUCUGUAAAGGCCAAAUAGUAAAUAUUUUAGAUUUUGAGGGCUGUGUGGCCUCUGUUGCAAUUACUCAACUCCGACAUCUUGUAGCAUGAAAGCAGCCAGAGAUGAUACAUAAAUGAAUGACCUAUGUCACAAAAUAUUUUUCUUUUGGUUUUUUUUUCAACCAUGUGAAAAUGUAAAUUUAAUCUUAACUUGAGGACCAUAUAAAACAGGCUAGAUUUGCCCCCAGGCCAUAGUAUGCUGACCCCUGGUUUAGAAGGCUGGAAUGAAGUUCUGGGGAAAGAGAGACUAGUUAAUCAGCCAUGCUGUCCAGAUUUAUCAGAUAUUUUUUUAAAAAGGUACAGUGUUCAAAGAAAAUACCUAAGAUCCCAUAUCCUAUAAUUGGAAGAAGCGAUCUAAAAAGUCCUAACAAAGCUACUGUCUAUACUUAACUAUACCUUCAUCUGUACAAAAAAAUGACAAUAGCCCAAUUUUUAAAAUAUUUUCAUAAAAGCUCUUAAUAGGAAUAUUAUAAUCCCCUUUGUUCAUCACAAUCCCUGAAAGGCAAUUUUCUGUGUCCCAGAAGGAAUCUGGGCUAGGCCGUCCUCUGUAGUCUGCAGCUAGUGAGUACAAGCAAGUGCCUGUUUCCUCACUCACGGUAUAAAUGGAACUUUGUGGCCCCAGGAGUCUCGGGGCAGGGGUGGUGUUCCUUCCUUCCUCUCUCCUCCCUCCCUCUCUUCCUUUCUUUCUUUUCCUUAAUAGUUAAUACAUUCAUGUGAUACAAAAUUCAAGUUAUAAAAAGUUUUAUGCAGUUAUUCUUCCCACGGCUAUAUCUCAACCACCG